AUGACCCCUGUCCUCACCCCCUCCAUCAACCACAUGACCCCUGUCCUCACCCCCUCCAUCAAUCACAUCACCCCUGUCCUCACCCCCUCCAUCAACCACAUGACCCCUGUCCUCACCCCCUCCAUCAACCACAUGACCCCUCUGCAGAGAGAGCUGGAUCUGCACCGGGCUGAAGCCGCAGCUGCCCCCACGGUGCCCACCACGCGCUCGCACUCGGACUCGGAGGCGGUGCUGCAGGAGCAGAGGGUCCGAGGUCCCACAGAGAACCCAGUGGUGGACGCUCUGACCCUGGACCCUCUGAGUCUGGACGUCCCACUCUCAGGCCUGGACUGUGAGAAGAGGUUCCCCUGCAUGAAGGAGGCCCUGAACGAGCUUUCGGACCGAGAAGGAGAGUCCUUUCCCGACGAGGACUCGGGAGGAGGGAGCCUGCUCAGGGCCAAGUCCGUCUGCUCCAUGAGCGACUUCCAGCGCCUGAUGGACAGCUCGCCGUUUCUACCCGACAAAAGCCGCCUCUGCGACCGCGGCCCGGACGACGUCACACCCCCCCUCUCCCCCGACGACCUCAAGUACAUCGAGGAGUUCAACAGUAAGGGCUGGGAUUUCCCAUCAGCCCUUGCUUCUGCUUCGACCAUCUCUCCGCCGUUCCCCAGAGGAGCCGAAUCGCUACCGCCGCCAUCUUGGUAUUUGACCACGAGCGCCACGUUGACCACAAGCACGCUGAGCAGUCCGGAACACUGCCACAGGACGCAGAUGAGAGCUUCCGGAGCGGGAGCGGGGGUGGAGCAUUAUGGGUACUUGCACAAUCCGACCAGAACGUCCCAAGCUAGCAACGGCAGAGGUGCUAGCAUGAACGACGAGGUGUUUAGCUCAGGGAGGUGGCCUUGCACUGGACUAAGGACUUCACCGAACCCGUCCAUCUGCCCCAACGUGGCGUUCCCUUCUCCGCUAGAGCUGCAGCUGUCCCGAAACCUGAGCGACGACAUGAAAGAAGUCGCGAUAUCCGUUCGAAACGCCAUCCGCUCUCCGCCCAGCCCUCACCUCCGCGACAUCUCCUGCCAGACCAACGGUUUCACCACGAGAGGUACGCAAACGACGCAGACGAUUAGCGUAGGGCUCCAGACAGACUUGUUGCGCAAUCUUACCAGCAGCCCGCACCGCUGUCUUACGCCUAAAGGGGGCAGCACUCCCGUCUCGUCUCCUUCGCGCAAUACCAGGAAAGUGCAAUACUCUCCGGUGAUCCAGAGCAAGUUCGAGCGCCCGUGUUGCUCCCCGAAAUACGGCUCGCCCAAGCUUCAACGCAAACCGUCGUCGGUGAGUAAGACGGAUAUCGCGAGCGGGGCAAAUCGCGCGCCAAUGCCGACCACGCCGCAAAAGGGUAACAGCGAAUCAGCUUGGGCGCGUUCCACCACCACGCGGGAUAGCCCCGUUCACACCACCAUCAACGACGGGCUGUCCAGUCUCUUUAACAUCAUAGAUCACACCCCAGUUAGCUUCCAGGAACGCUAG